AGCAAUAUGGCUGUCAGUAUAAAGGACGUACUGAUGGAGAGACCGUCUCUCCGUGGAUUUCAUUGUUUAUUAUACUGGUUUGUGUUAAAAACGCGUUUAAACAUUCCUGUUUGCCAUAUUGUUCGAAAUAUUUAUCAAUAUGGAGGCUGCUUGUUUGAAAACCGACUUUGAAAACUUGAAUGUGUGAGAUGGACCAUAACAUAUUUUGAUUGCUUUCGAUUUGAAAGACUGUAACACCAAAGCUUAACGGUGUAGAAGAUGACGUCAAGGUUGGACAGACUGUUUGUGUUGUUGGAGACGGGUUCGUCAGGCGUAACGAGACGUGCCGCCGCUACUCAAUUGGGAGAGGUCCAAAGACUGCACCCACAUGAGCUACACUCACUGCUAGCUCGUAUUACACAGUUACUGCGUAGUCCGACAUGGGAGACGAGGAUAGCUGCUAGUCAAGCAAUACAGGCUGUCCUAGACAAUGUACCGCCAUGGAAUCCUACUCCUGCACCUGACAAAAUAGACUCGUUGAAUUCUCAACAAGUGCCAUUGAAUCAAACAGGAAGACUGAGUUAUGCUACAUUUGACCUUCAAAAGGUUGUGACGAAUAGUGCCUAUCUAAUGGGGUCCGAGGGAAAAGAAUAUGAUACUGAAGAAGAAAUUCCUAUUGGCUCAGAAGAACAGAUGCACAGUAGAUUGAUGCAGGAGAUAGGUCUGCCUCUUCGGAUGGAUUGUGCCGUUAUCACCCCAGACGACUUCAGGCCAAGCAACAUGUCAGCCUCAUGCCCACAAAAGAUGUCGGUGAUGCAAGUUGUGUCUGAGGGUCUGAGUUGUCGUGAGCAGAAUCGCGCGAGACGGAAAGCUCGGUUGGCUUCAGGCCGAUCGACAGAUAGGCCAGAGGAUGAGAGUGAACAGCCCAACAAGAGACAGAGACUGGAUGAUACGGCUACAGUGGCGGGGACAGGGACUGGAGAAGAGACGUGGGCAGGUGACCCCACUCCGGACAACACCGGGUCAUGGGGGCCUGAUACUGUAGACUGGCCCCUGGAAGGUUUCUGUGACACGUUACUAGCAGAAAUAUUCAGCCCACGAUGGGAAACACGACACGGCGCAGCAACAGCUCUAAGGGAUUUGAUCCGCUUGCAUGGUUCUGGUGCUGGUCGAUCCACGGACUUGACACCGGAUCAGAUGGAAGAGAGUCACCAGCUGUUCUUGGAGGAUGUGUCACUGAGGCUUCUCUGUGUCUUGGCACUGGAUCGGUUUGGCGAUUUUGUCUCGGACCAGGUGGUGGCUCCUGUACGUGAGACCUGUGCUCAGACCCUUGGUAAGUCCUAUUAGGGUUUCGUCACAAGU